AUGUCGACCGAUGAAUGGCUGGAUCGGGUGAGGCUUAUCGAACAGGCUGUCGCCAAGUGCCGCGGAGAUGUUGCGCAUGCUCAAUCGGCGCAGAAUGAGGAGGAAAUGCGGCUGAUUAUCACCACAAUGUGUCACGAUAUCAUCGGGAUCAUUGGACGGCCUCAAGUCGAGAGAUCGUUACGAGCAUGGUCUGAAGUAUAUCCAGAAUAUGAGGGAUCCAAGUUGAUAGAGAAGACAAGCAUCUACCGCCAUUUGGUCAGUGCUCAGGCCCCACAUGCAGAGUAUCAUGCUAAUGAGGUUUAUAGCAACAAAAGAAUACGCCUUGGGUUCCUACAUCUCAGCAUGAUUAUACAAGAACUGAAAACCAAGCUGCAUCGUUGA